AUGAGAUUGAUCUACUUCUAUUGCUCUCACAAGUGUGAAACAAGUUCUGGUUCUCUAAGGUUCAGAAUGUCUCAGCAAUCGAAUGAUGAAUCUCCCAUUUCAGACUCAGCAACACCGGAAGAGUCCUCUAACCCUAAUAGGGUCCUUAAGGUUGUCCCUUUAAGGAGGAUUAGCAGUGACGAAGUAAAGGCCACAAAGCCUAAAAUGACUCAUGCAAAACGACCCAAGGAGGGUAUUCACAACAAGGGUACCAAAUCCUCAGCAUCUGCUACCAUGAAGGAACUUACUAAAGAAGGAUCCAAGUAUGUCGAUAGCGCAAUUACCAGGAUUGUUAAUCGUAUUCUGAAGGAGAAUCAUCAAGUUCCUAGAAUAUCUAUUCCUCUUCAAACCAUAAUGGUUGAUCCCCUCAAUAGCACCAGUAAGGUUGAGGCUGUUCACACCGUUGAUAUUGACCUAGAAAUCAACAAGGAUGAACAAGGGGUUACUAAGAAUACCAAUGUCACCGAGGAUGUCAAUGACAUUGACAAUAAUGAGCAUCCUAAGGCCAAUACUGAAAUUGAUACUAAUGUGGUAGACUUAGAUGAGUACUCUGACGACGAAUUACUUACCUCCUUGAAUCCGAGUGUAGCCAACAGGCUAAUGACAAGAAGAAAAGGCAAAGUUGUUGUUCAAGGAUCACCAAAGGGGAGCACUCAAGUGAACAACCCUGCCAAAGACACUGUCAGGAAGAAGAGUACUUCUGCAGGUCCUGUCAAGAGCAAAGCUCAGUGUCAUUCCAAAGAAAAGAAAAGAAAAGAGCGGGAAAUUGUUGAACCUGAAUCUGAUGUUGAAGCUAAUGUGCCUGACAUUCCAUCAAGGAAGAAGCCUACAACCAGUAAGCUUGCUACUAGCAUCCCUGAAGUUCCCAUUGAUAAUGUGUCUUUCCACUAUGCCUCUAGUGUCAGCAGAUGGAAAUAUGUUCUCCAAAAGAGAUUGGCUGUUGAAAGGGAAUUGGCUCCAAAUUCUCUUGAAAACAAGGAGGUCUUAGAGCUGAUUCAAGAAGCUGGACUGCUAAAAAUUGUGAGCAAUCUUCCCAAAUGUUAUGAGAAGCUGGUCAAAGAAUUUGUGGUAAACCUAUCUGAAGAUUGUGGCAAUAGCAGAAGUGCAGACUAUAGAAAGGUGCUUGUAAGAGGUAAGUGUGUAUCGUUCUCUCCUUCUGUGAUUAAUAAAUUCUUGGGAAGAAUAGAUGAAGCUCAAAUCGAGCUGGAGGUAACGAACAACCAAGUCUGUCAAGUGAUCACAGCCAAGCAGGUAAAAAGCUGGCCCAUGAAAGAGAAGCUAACUGCAAGUAAGCUAAGCAUCAAGUAUGCAAUGCUUCACAGAAUAGGAGCAGCUAAUUGGGUUCCAAAAAAUCACAAGUCCACUAUCUCCACUAUGCUUGGUAGAUUUCUGUAUGUUGUAGGAACAAAGGCAAAGUUUGAUUAUGGAGCAUAUAUUUUUAACCAAACCAUGAAGCAUGCUGGAAGCUUCAGUAUUAAGGGUCCAAUCGCCUUUCCAUCCCUCUUGAGUGGUAUAAUUCUGGAUCAAUAUUCAAACAUUCUCAAUGAACAUGAUGUAGUGUGCAAAAGAGAAAGUCCCUUGGCUUUCCAUUAUAAACUGUUUCAGGGAAAGCAUGUUCCAGACAUUGUCAUGACAUCAGCUGAAACUUCCAAAUCUGGAGCAUCAGUUAGUAAAGCUGAAGUCAUAGCAAUACUAAAAGAGACUUGCAAAGAACUGGAAUCUAGAAAAAUGUCUCUUGAACAAAUGAUACGUACUUUGGAAAUGGAUGAGAAUGAGGAGUUUGCAGAUACUAGAGAGAUGGAAGAUAAAGAUGAUCAAGAAUUGGAAGAAGAAAGUGCUAGUCCUGCUGAUGACUCUGAGAAAGAAUGUUCUUCAGACACCUCAGCUGGAUCUGACUCUGAGCAGUAA